CUGCUUUUAUUUUUCCCUUUCCAGCCGCCCAAAAAGAAAGGUUCGGGUAAAAAAUCCGCGAAGCCAAAGACACCCACUCUUAUAGAUGGCCUUACAAAAGAGGAGAUUUCCAAGGAGCAGGUCAGAGUGGAAAUAAUGUCUGAAAAUGUCUCUGUUCAGUUACUACACAUAGAAGAGCACAUUUUGCGCCUUGGCGAGGAGCUGGACAGAGAGAGGGAAGAGAGAAACUAUUUCCAACUGGAGAGGGAUAAGAUCGACACCUUCUGGGAAAUAACUAACAGAAAACAUGAUGAGAUGAUUGCUGAACUGAAGGUUUUGGACAAAGCCGGAGAGGAUGAUGAGGGCCGUCACAAAGUAGAGAUUCAGGUGUAUAAGCAGAAGAUGAAGCACCUUCUGUGUGAGCAUCAGAACACCCUCUCCGAGCUGAAAGCAUACUGUUUGGAGACCACUGAGGUGCUGCAAAUGGAGCAGGAGCAACUGGAGAUGGAGCUCUACAAGAAAAGGAAAUCACUCCUGAUAGACAUGCAGGAGCUCGAUGAUGGAGACUUGAUCAGUGAGCUUACACUGAAACAUGAUGAAGAAAUGACUGUAACGAAGAACAAUUGGGAGAGACUACUCGAAGAAACUACUGGAAAAUACGUGAAAAAGAUGCAACAGCUGGAACAAGAGCUGGAGGACUUAAACAAAAGUGUGAUCAGUGAAUGUACUCUCCUGUGGAACACCCACAUCUCUGCUAUCAUAGAGGACCACAAAAAAUUCACCAGAGAAAACCUCUCAGUUUUGUUCAAAGAAAAUAAAAAAGAGAACAAGGAGGAAUUAAAGAAAAAUAUUGCAGAACAGAGGGGGAAAGUUACAAAGAUUCUACAGCAGCAACGAUUUGCUUCGCGAAAAACCAAAAGCCUGGCAGACGUUGUCUCAAAAACCCAGAGUGACUCUGAGAGAAAGGUUAAUCUCAUCUCAGAAAGAAAGGGUGGCUUAGAAAGGGACAAAACAAAGGCGCUGAAAGACGUGAAACGGGACUAUGAAGAAUUGGAAGAGAUAUUCAGAGAGGUGAAGGCCAAUGGCUGCGUUGCAAAGCGCUCAGAGAGCAUUUCUAACUUUGUAUCCUUAUUUUUUCUUAUGUGCGUGUGCCUUCCCAUUUCCCCUCAGCUCCAGCUUGAAAGGGAUGACCUGCACAAGUCAUUCACCAUGAAUGUUGAGAGCUAUCGGGGUAAAGCAGAUGAAGGGAACGUAGGGCUGGAGAGGAAGCUGCAGGCCCUGAGAGACAGCCUGGACACGACGGAAACUCAGCUCCAGUCCGUGCUCACAGCCACUAACAUGGAUCACACGGCUCUUAGCGAGUUCACCCAAAAAGUUGAGGAAAAUCUUGAAUCCAUCAAAUCCGCCAUGAAGAACUUGGAAUAUAAAGGAAUUUUAAUUUCUAAGGCCCGGCGAGAUGUGCAGCUGGCUGCUGAAGCAAAGCAAAGAACUUUCUGUUAUUCUUCAGAAGAGCCCUCACCAUGACAGAAGUCUUCUUCUGAAACAUAAUCUUAGAUCUUGGGCAUUUGCUGCAGAUCUUACAGCUUUUGUUUCAGAAUCAAACUCAUUUCUCUGAUUUACCUUUGAUAUAAAUCCAGUUCAGUGACGAAUUCAUGUGACAUUUUUUUUUCUUCCUCAUUUUUUAUCUAAAAUCCUCUAAUUGCGAUACCAAACAAAUCUAUAGUUUAGGACUUAGACUACAAGAAGGUAGUUUAGAUGUUGAUUUAUACUGCCCUCCACUGGAUAAACCAAAUAAUUACAAAUAUGGUAAAUUUAGAGUGUGAAUUCAAGUUAAACCUUAUAAUGGUCUUUAUUUUACUCUCAAAAAUUAUUUUAUGGAAAGGCAAGUUUAUUUGUAUAGCACAUU